AAUGUUGCAGACCACAUUCCUCAGUUGGUGCAGGGUGUAAGAGGAAGUCAAGCGCAGGCAGAAGACCUCAGUGCCCAGCUUGCUCUAAUAAAUUCCAGCCAGAACUUCCUUCAGCCUGGAAGUAAAAUGGUGGCAUCUGCUAAAGCUGCAGUCCCCACUGUGACUGAUCAAGCAGCAGCAAUGCAGCUAAGUCAGUGUGCGAAGAAUCUUGCUACCAGCUUAGCUGAGCUACGAACCGCCUCCCAGAAGGCUCAUGAAGCAUGUGGUCCAAUGGAAAUCGACUCUGCUUUGAAUACAGUCCAGACACUCAAAAAUGAACUGCAAGAUGCGAAGAUGGCAGCUGUGGAUGGACAGUUAAAACCUCUCCCAGGAGAAACUCUUGAGAAAUGUGCUCAGGACCUGGGAAGUACAUCCAAAGCGGUCGGUUCAUCAAUGGCCCAGUUGUUAACUUGUGCUGCUCAAGGCAACGAGCACUACACAGGAGUUGCUGCCAGAGAAACUGCUCAGGCUUUGAAGACUUUGGCUCAGGCGGCACGAGGGGUUGCAGCAUCUACUACUGACCCUGUGGCAGCACAUGCAAUGUUGGAUUCAGCAAGGGAUGUCAUGGAAGGCUCUGCUAUGCUUAUUCAGGAGGCGAAGCAGGCCCUGGCUGCACCAGGGGAUGCAGACAGUCAGCAGAGAUUAGCCCAGGUGGCAAAAGCAGUGUCUCACUCUUUGAAUAACUGCGUGAAUUGUCUGCCUGGACAAAAGGAUGUGGAUGUGGCCUUGAAGAGUAUUGGGGAAUCUAGCAAGAAGCUCCUUGUUGAUUCGCUACCUCCAAGUUCUAAGUCAUUUCAAGAAGCUCAGAGUGAACUGAACCAGGCAGCAGCAGACCUGAAUCAGUCAGCAGGAGAAGUUGUCCAUGCUACCCGGGGCCAAAGUGGGGAACUGGCUGCAGCCUCUGGAAAAUUCAGCGAUGAUUUUGAUGAAUUUCUUGAUGCUGGUAUUGAAAUGGCUGGCCAAGCACAAACUAAAGAGGACCAGAUUCAAGUAAUAGGUAACCUCAAGAGCAUCUCUAUGGCUUCCAGCAAGCUGUUACUAGCUGCCAAGUCUCUGUCUGUUGAUCCUGGAGCUCCUAAUGCCAAGAACCUCUUAGCAGCAGCAGCAAGAGCUGUGACUGAGAGUAUAAACCAGCUCAUCACACUGUGCACCCAGCAAGCUCCCGGGCAGAAGGAAUGUGAUAACGCACUCAGAGAACUGGAGACAGUUAAGGGAAUGCUGGAUAACCCCAAUGAACCUGUGAGCGAUCUCUCGUAUUUUGAUUGUAUUGAGGGCGUAAUGGAAAACUCAAAGGUUCUUGGAGAAUCAAUGGCAGGCAUUUCCCAGAAUGCAAAAACUGGGGAUCUUUUAGUCUUUGGAGAAUGUGUUGGAGUUGCAUCCAAGGCUCUUUGUGGCCUCACUGAGGCAGCGGCUCAGGCUGCUUACCUGGUUGGCAUCUCAGAUCCAAACAGUCAGGCUGGUCAGCAAGGUCUUGUUGACCCAAUUCAAUUUGCCAGAGCCAAUCAAGCAAUCCAGAUGGCUUGCCAGAAUUUGGUAGAUCCAGCAAGCAGCCCAUCACAGGUAUUAUCAGCUGCCACAAUUGUGGCCAAACAUACUUCUGCUUUGUGCAAUGCUUGUCGCAUAGCUUCAUCAAAGACCGCAAAUCCCGUUGCCAAGAGACACUUUGUGCAGUCUGCCAAGGAAGUUGCAAACAGCACUGCUAACCUGGUUAAAACUAUCAAGGCCCUGGAUGGUGAUUUCUCUGAAGAGAACCGCAACAAGUGCAGAAUUGCUACUGCACCUUUGAUAGAAGCUGUGGAAAAUCUGACGGCAUUUGCUUCAAAUCCAGAAUUUGUCAGCAUACCAGCACAGAUCAGCACUGAGGGAUCAAGAGCACAGGAACCAAUUCUAGUUUCUGCUAAAACAAUGUUGGAGAGCUCGUCUUUAUUGAUCAAAACUGCUCGUUCUCUGGCUAUCAAUCCAAAAGACCCUCCUACAUGGUCUGUACUAGCUGGGCAUUCCCAUACUGUCUCAGAUUCUAUCAAGAGUCUUAUCACCUCUAUCAGGGACAAGGCCCCAGGCCAGCGAGAAUGUGAUUUCUCCAUUGAUGGGAUCAACAGAUGCAUCAGAGACAUUGAGCAGGCCUCCCUUGCAGCUGUCAGUCAGAGUCUGGCCACCAGGGAUGACAUCUCAGUUGAGGCUCUACAGGAGCAGCUGACCUCGGUCGUCCAGGAAAUUGGCCACCUCAUUGAUCCCAUAGCUACUGCAGCUCGGGGAGAGGCAGCUCAGCUUGGGCACAAGGUAACGCAGCUGGCAAGUUACUUCGAACCCCUGGUUUUAGCUGCAGUUGGCGUGGCAUCCAAGACACUAGACCAUCAGCAACAGAUGACAGUGUUGGACCAGAGCAAGACGCUAGCAGAAUCUGCCUUACAGAUGUUGUAUGCCGCCAAAGAAGGGGGAGGAAACCCCAAGGCAUCCCAUACUCACGAUGCAAUCACUGAGGCUGCUCAGCUGAUGAAAGAGGCUGUGGAUGAUAUCAUGGUUACCUUAAAUGAAGCUGCAAGCGAAGUAGGCAUGGUUGGAGGUAUGGUAGACUCGAUAGCAGAGGCAAUGAGCAAGCUCGAUGAAGGUACACCUCCAGAUCCCAAGGGAACAUUUGUUGAUUAUCAGACUACUGUAGUGAAAUAUUCUAAAGCCAUUGCUGUAACAGCACAGGAAAUGAUGACUAAGUCGGUUACUAACCCGGAAGAGUUGGGAGGACUUGCAUCACAAAUGACCAAUGACUAUGGGCAUUUGGCUCUCCAGGGCCGAAUGGCUGCAGCUACAGCAGAACCAGAGGAGAUAGGGUUCCAGAUCAGGACUCGGGUGCAAGAACUUGGCCACGGCUGUAUCUUUCUUGUGCAAAAAGCUGGAGCUCUCCAGAUUUGCCCUACAGACAGCUACACCAAAAGGGAGUUGAUAGAAUGUGCUCGUGCUGUCACGGAAAAGGUCUCCUUAGUUUUAUCUGCCCUUCAAGCAGGAAACAAAGGCACGCAAGCCUGUAUUACUGCAGCUAGUGCCGUGUCUGGGAUAAUUGCAGAUCUAGACACCACUAUCAUGUUUGCUACUGCUGGAACCCUUAAUGCUGAGAACAACGAAUCAUUUGCAGACCACAGGGAAAAUAUUCUGAAAACAGCAAAAGCUUUAGUUGAAGAUACAAAAUUGUUGGUUUCUGGUGCCGCCUCAAGUCAGGACAAACUGGCCCAAGCAGCUCAGUCAUCAGCUAACACCAUCACUCAGCUUGCUGAGGUAGUGAAGUUGGGAGCGGCUAGCUUGGGUUCUGAUGAUCCUGAAACACAGGUUGUCCUGAUCAAUGCUAUCAAGGAUGUUGCAAAGGCCCUUUCUGAUCUCAUUGGUGCUACCAAAGGAGCUGCCAGCAAACCAGCAGAUGAUCCAUCCAUGUACCAGCUGAAAGGUGCUGCCAAGGUGAUGGUAACAAAUGUCACAUCGCUUUUGAAGACUGUUAAAGCAGUAGAAGAUGAAGCUACUCGAGGGACAAGAGCUCUUGAGGCCACAAUUGAGUACAUCAAACAGGAACUCACGGUGUUUCAGUCAAGCGAGGUUCCAGAAAAGACAUCAUCACCUGAAGAAUCAAUCCGGAUGACGAAAGGAAUCACCAUGGCAACUGCCAAAGCUGUUGCAGCUGGGAACUCAUGCAGACAGGAGGAUGUGAUUGCUACAGCAAAUCUGAGCCGCAAAGCAGUAGCUGACAUGCUAACAGCUUGUAAGCAAGCAUCAUAUCACCCAGAUGUGAGCGAAGAAGUUCGAGAGAGAGCCCUGCGCUUUGGAACAGAAUGUACCCUGGGAUACUUGGAACUCCUGGAACAUGUUCUCCUG